AUGUCUUCAGCAACAACAGGGCCGGAUCGGCCGUCGGCGGCUGCCGAGGUUGCCGCCGCCCUCCAUGAUGGAAAGAGACAUCUUCUGCUCGCGGCCAGCGGCUCUGUCGCCACGAUCAAGCUGCCCUUGAUCGCCGCUGCUUUCUCGCGCGUGCCAAACCUAUCUAUCCGGAUCAUCCUGACGCCCAGCGCCGCUCAGUUUUUGCAGGGCCAAGCCGCUGAGCAGCCCGCCGUCGAUUCUGCCGCUUUGCGAGGCCUACCAAACGUCGACGCCAUCUAUGUCGGCGAGGCGGACGAGUGGAACCCGCCCUGGACACGCGGGGCGCCCAUCCUGCACAUCGAGCUCCGCCGCUGGGCCGAUUUGCUGGUCGUGGCGCCGCUGUCGGCGAACCUGCUAGCCAAAAUCGCCAACGGUCUGUGCGAUACGCUGCUCACAAGCGUGAUUCGUGCGUGGGAGACGGAUCCGGCGCUGGGCAAGCGGAUCCUGGUGGCGCCGAGCAUGAACACGGCCAUGUGGAACCACCCGCUGACGGCGCGGCAGCUGGCGACGCUGCGGGACACAUGGGGCGUGAAGCCGCCCAAAGUGGCUACGACGGACGAGGACGGCGAACGCGACGCGGAAGAAGCAGAGCCAACAGGCUGGUACGAAGUGUUGUUGCCCCAAAGCAAAGGACUUGCAUGUGGCGACGUUGGCCAAGGGGCGAUGGCCGACUGGCGCGACAUUGUGCUAGUCAUCCGAGACCGGCUCUCGCUAUCGGCCGAGUAUUUCGCAGAGGUGUCGUAG